CAAUCACCGCUUUGAAAAUUUGAGAAGUAACUAACCGUGUCUAAUGCCAUGGCAUCUAACGAACUACAAGAAAAAGCAAAUUAUACAAGACUUAGUAGACUUUUAGUUGACAAAGGAACUGAGGCUUUCAGAAAUACAUUUGAUACCAUCCAUCCACCUGUUAGUCUACCCAGAGUAUUGGCUGCAAACAAAACAUCUCUUCAAAAGUUAAAACCUCGAGUUAUUAAUAAAUCCCAGUGGGAUUUACUGUUUCCUCCGUCUGGCAACCCACAAGAUUCCAAAACCCUUGAUGUCACAUUACUUACAGUUCUAUUCCGGAACAUUUGUGGUUUUCCAUCAACAGGAUGGAGUGUAAUGCCUCCGGAUACUGAUAGAUCAGGAAUCAAGUGUUACAGAAAUGAAGUUAUUGCACAUGUAACAACAACCAGAGUUGAUAAUUCAACAUUUCAUUCUUUAUGGAAGAAAAUUUCCCAGGCGAUAGUAGAAUUGGGCGUUUCACAGAUUGAAAUCGACGAUUUAAAAAAUUGUCCUCUUGGGCCUGAAGAAGAAGUGUCUGUGCAAAAGCUUAAAGAUUGGAAACUGCACGAAGAUGAGUGUAUUAAAAUGCUUGUAACAAUGACACAAAUCGUUGAAGAAACCCGCGAUGGAGUAAAUCUACUAUGCCAGUCUUUGUUGAAGAAAAGUGACAAUGAGAUCCCGCAGACAUCCCUCAAGCGUACGCUAUCAUACCCGAGGAUGGCAAUCCUGAAAAAAAUUCUGCAAGGAGAGUAG